AUGAGCCAAAGACACACAUUACAAGUGUUUGAACAAUAUCAAAAAUCUCGCUUAACAUUUGUACAAGCCGUCGCUGAUUUAGCGACUCGUCCACAAAAUAUUGAAACAUUACAAAAUGCAGGUGUUAUGGCUCUCUUACGUCCAUUACUAUUGGAUGUUGUACCAUCUGUCCAACAAACUGCUGCUCUGGCACUGGGGCGUUUAGCAAAUUUCAGCGAUCAUUUAGCUGAAAGUGUAGUAAGAGGUGAUAUUCUACCACAAUUAGUAUAUUCAUUAGCUGAGCAAAAUCGCUUCUAUAAGAAAGCCGCUGCAUUUGUUUUACGUGCUGUUGCCAAACAUUCACCACAAUUAGCUCAAUCGGUAAUUGAUUGUGGAGCACUCGAUGCACUUGUUGUGUGUCUAGAAGAGUUUGAUCCAUCCGUGAAAGAAGCAGCCACAUGGGCUUUAGGAUACAUUGCAAGACACAAUGCAGAAUUAUCUCAACAUGUUGUUGAUGCUGGUGGCGUUCCCUUGCUGGUGUUAUGUCUACAGGAACCAGAAAUUGCUUUAAAACGUGUUGCUGCGUCAGCGCUCAGUGAUAUAGCCAAACACUCACCAGAAUUAGCUCAAACUGUGGUAGAUGCUGGUGCUAUCGCUCAUUUAGCACAAAUGAUAUUGAAUCCUGAUGCACAAUUGAAACGCCAAGUAUUUUCUGCGUUGAGUCAAAUCGCUAAACAUAGUGUUGAUUUAGCUGAAAUGGUUGUUGAAGCAGAAAUAUUUCCGGCCGCCUUUGCCUGUUUGAAUGACCCUGAUGAAUAUGUGAAGAAGAAUUGUGCAACACUCAUUCGAGAAAUUGUUAAACAUACACCAGAGCUGGCUCAAAUGAUUGUAAAUGCAGGUGGUGUCGCAGCUAUUGUUGAUUAUGUCGGUUCAACACGUGGAAAUGUUCGUUUACCAGGAAUCAUGAUGUUGGGAUAUACAGCGGCACAUACCGAAAGUUUGGCUAUGGCUGUGAUUGUUUCAAAAGGUAUUAAUCAAUUAUCAAUUGCAUUGAAUGAAGAAACGGAAGACCAUAUUUUGGCUGCCACAGCUUGGGCAUUAGGUCAAAUUGGACGACAUACACCUGAACAUGCAAAAGCCGUCGCUGUUGCUAACGUCUUACCAAAAUUAUUACAGUUGUAUAUGAAGACAAACAUGUCAGAAGAUUUGCAGACGAAAGCAAAAAAAUCGUUAAAAAAUAUUUUGCAAAAAUGUGUUUAUCUGCCCGUAUUAGAACCAUUGCUUCAUGAAGCAUCACCGAACAUUUUAAAACAUGUUGUGGCACAAUUUUCGAAAGUAUUACCACAUGAUCCAAAAGCAAGAAGAUUAUUUGUUACGAGCGGAGGAUUAAAAAAAAUUCAAGAGAUAAAAGCCGAAGAAGGCUCGCCAUUAGCCGAAUCUAUUAAUACAAUAAAUAGUUGUUUUCCAGAAGAAGUUGUCAAAUAUUAUUCACCUGGUUAUGCCGAUGAACUUCUUGACAGAGUUGAGCAACAUAAUUACAAAGCAUAA